AUGAUGCGAAGAGGUGGAUCGGUGGGUCCACCCACCGACCCAUAUCAGAGGUAAGAAUUCUCAUUUGAUUGAUUGAUUAAUUAGUGGGCCCUGGCCUUUCAGAAGGUGGGGUUUCGGGCGUAAAGUAUCUCGAUGAUUAUCUGUUCACCACACCUUCCACUGGGUGUGACCCGCUUCUUCAGUUUAGCAUUCCGUGAUUCUUUAUUUUCCAUUCCCAUUCAACCUUGACAAUUAUUCCAAACGUUUUUUGGAUAGUUCGAACUGAACAGUAUUUGCGCAUUUCGGUCGGUCAUAUUCCAUCAAAAACAGCCCAAAACAUUGACUCAACUUACAGUGAUUGUUCUUAUAUCUGAAACUGUUUGCACACAAUUUAUGAACCUCUUGCCAAAGUCCCUUUAAGAUGGUGUGAAUGUGUAUGCAUGUAUGUACAAAUAAAAUGUUGAUGCUUUCCAACUGAUAAAUAUCAAAAUGUGUCGGUCGACCGGACGCGCGCGCGGGCAGUCGGGUUGCGGCGCCAGACAGAGAGCACGUACCGAAAAGAGAGACAUUUGACUGCGUCUCUCACUUUCACACACACUCUAUUUCGGUUGUAGAAGAAGAGGUACCCGCAAUUUAACGGGUUGAGGACUGAUAAGGAGCGAAAAGAAGGUGGAAUUGAAGAAGAAGAAGUGAGGAGCCAUUGUAUGCAGACCUUUUCAUCGUACAAAUUCCUCAAACCCACUUCUUUCCAUGACACAACUUUUCGCAUAAAAAUUUUGGCAUUUAAGUGCGAAUUUUUGGAAUUUCUGGCAUCGUCAAUUACUCAAAAUAGUCAAUGACUCAUUGUGAUUACAGCCGCCCAUCUCCCGGCUACUAUUACUCGCGAUCCUCGACCGCCGGCCAGCCGAUUCCGUCGCCGUCGCACAGUCAACACUCCCAAGCAGCACCCCCCUCGUCACAGACUUCUUCGGCACAUCAACGAGGAGCGCCAAUGUCACAACCAAUCGGUACGUCGUUUCUUAUCACUUUUCUCUCCUUAUUCUACUAUCUAUCCACCUCCGUCACUUUCUACUCUUCUCCACAAAUUUUUCCAUUCUUUUCUUGUCUUUGUUCUCGAUUCGAUUCUUAACUUCGGCUUGGUCUGGUUCUUCGCUAAAGGUUUUUGAGGUGUUAAGCGGUUUUUUUUUGGAAAGUUGAGGUUUAGAAUCGCUCUUAUCGUUGUGUUUUAAUCUCAAUCACAAAGUUCCUGUCAGGAACAUCCACGCUUUUGGCUCUGAAGCUAAAGUCACGAAAUGUUUUGUGCCAACUUUCCACUUUCAAUAUACAGUAGUCGUUGUUAGCCUGAAAAAUGUUAAAUUUUCCGAUCACUCCUAUAUCAUAUCUGCUUGUACAUACAUAUUUCUGAUUCUGAUUGACACGAGAGUACCCCAGAUGUUAUAAAAAAACUGCUUCAACGUUUCCAUUUGCAGUCCGUCGAUCGGCCGGCGACUACCGAAGCGGAAGCGAACAAAUGACACCUCGCUCGGACCACCGUGGUCCUUCCGCCUACGCGAACAACGGAGGACUCGAUCCGCGACUCGACGAUGUGACGCCCUCGUACUACGUGGAACAUUUGGCGACGUUUGCAGUCGGUCGGCAGUUUGGACUAACGUUCCCGGCCGACGGAAUCCGCAAACUCAAGCAAAUGGAGAAGAACUCUGCGAUCUGGGCGCAACCGUUGAUCCUUCGGUUUCGGCACAGUGCAGUGACAGUUGAGGACGAGAACGGUGAGCUCGUGGAGCAGUUCCCUCUGGAGCUCAUCGAGCAGCCGACGGCUCAUGUCAGCAACGACAACAGAGACACUUACAACAACAUUCUGUUGUUCGUCGUGCGAGAGGACAGGAAGCGGAUGAGCACUCCGACCGAAAUGCACAUCUUCCAGGUGACUUUUUACUGCCUCAUGCAUAACUUUGAAUUGUUUUUUUUGCAGUGCAUUCGCGUCUCGGCGACCGAAGUUGCGGACGACUUGCAAGCGUACACUCGCGGACAGUUCCGUCGUGUGCGCAACGGCCGACGAACCAACGCGCCGGCGCAUCUUCAGGCUCAGCAACAGCGUAAGUUCAAAGAUUCUCCUCCCUGCUUGUUCUUGGCAACAUUUUUGCCUCUUUUCGUGUUUAUUCUCGAGGAGACCACUGCUCUGCUCGUUAUCACCAUUAUUGCCGCGAGAGAAGCGUGCAAACAUACCGACCGAGUUUCUCCUUCGAAAGGAAACGAAAUGUGAAGCUUCGUCGUGAAGCACGGGGGGAAACCGAGGGCACAAGGAGGGAAAGGCGUUUUAUUGCACGUAGUAAUAAAAUUAUGAUUAGAAAAAUGACGACAUGCUCAGAAAUAGGACGAAGUUUGAUCUUUCGGGUACCAACGUCUGGAAAAUUAAGACAACGUAGAAAAACGAGCCAGAAGCUUUGAAACCACUAUACUAUAGCUAGCUACAAAUCAUGGAAAUAUGUAUUGACCACCUAGAAACAUCAAUGAGCGGAUUACUGACUUUCUGACAUUUCAAUAUGAUAAGCGAUUUAUGAAAUUUCACAACUAUUGAACGUACAUUUGAAUGUUUCGAUCACGUUGAGUACUUUUGACUAAGAGUUAUUUUCCACAUUUUUGGACACUUAAUAGAAGUGACCAUACUACGCUCUUCAUUUUCUCUUUUUCUUGUCAUACGGUUUUUUUUCGAGUAAACACUCUUCUUCUUCUUUCAUUGCACAAACUGAUAAAAGUAAGACGACGGGGCAAGCUAAAUGGCAUGGUGUCAAUUGCGAAUUAUCUCACAUUUCUCUUUCCCAACCUUUUGAGUCAUACCACCACCUCCCUUCCUUCAGAAAUGUUUUCUUAUACUGUCACUUUACAGAAAUGCCGUUCUAUCCACCGGAUGAUGCUUCGAUCAGCAGUGAGACUUCGGAAAUGUUUGAGCGGGAUGUGGUAAGUGGAUCAUUAUUGAAGAAACAUUAUGAAAUCUCUAUCGCUUACAGAAUACCCUUAACCGUUGCUUCGAUGAUAUCGAGCGGUUUGUCGCGAGAAUUCAGUCGGCAGCUCUGGCACAGCGCGAGAUUGAGCAGCAAAACUACCGAUACCGAACGGCAAACCGUCGCGACAAGAAGUCUCAGCAACCGCCAGACCCGAACGGAAUCCUUUUCAUGAGAGCUCAGCUCCCGAUUGAAUCGGAAUUCGUGGAUAUUCUCAAAAAGUUCAAGCUUUCCUUUAACCUUUUGGCCAAGCUUAAGAACCAUAUCCACGAGCCAAACGCCCCGGAGCUUCUUCAUUUCCUGUUCACUCCGCUGUCAGUGAUUCUGGAGGCUUGUCAUUGGGGUCUCGGACGGAACAUUGCUCCGAGUGUUGAAUCUCCGUUGCUCUCUUUGGAGGCUCGCGAGCUCAUGCAGAACUGUCUGACAAGCCGUGAAAGCGACAUUUGGAUGAGCCUCGGAGAAGCCUGGAGAACACCACCGUAAGUUUAUCAAAAACCCUGAAAAGAUUUUUAUCGAUCUCUUUCAGAGAGGAUUGGACGAAGAAACUUCCUCCACCGUACCGCCCAAUUUUCCUGGACGGAUUUGCACCGUACGGUGUAGCCGAUCGAGUCAUCACCACUCCGAACCCUCUCCAUCGAGGACAAUCUGCUCCGCCAGAGCAUUACCGUCAGGCUCCGCGCGAGCGAAAUGUCGUGGAUACGGUAAGAAUCCCUGUCAAAUAUUGUUGCUCAGCUAUGUCUGCACGUGCUAUUUUCUCUUGUCCAUUUCUCUUUCCCUUUCAUAUAUACCUUUCCUAUCCCUUUCAGGCGCCCAACACCCCUCAAUCGAGUGCACGGACUCCCAAAUCUCGACCGCAUCGCAACAUGA